AUGUUAACGUCGAAUCGACGCGGACGUAUGGAGGAGAGUGUUUGCAGUGCGCGUGACGGUGAUCUGGUGAAUAUAUCGAUAUCGCGCAUUGUGGCCGAUUUCUUCAUUAUGUUGUGUUGCGGUGAGUGGCGGGUCUCGAACGGAAAAUUCUAUUUUUUUCAUUUUUCAUUUUUUCAUUUUCGGUUUUUUCGGAAUUUUUUCAAAAUUUUCAUUGAAAUGUAA